ACUUACGGAGGUGUUCUCGUAAACUUGUGAGAUGUCAUCUUACCUUCCCUCCUUCAAAGUCACCUCUGGGGUAAAGUACACCUGCUGCUGAAUCUGCUCCUUCAAUCCUCCCGUCAGACGCAGCGAAGCAAACGCGGACCGUUCAUCGUGUCAUUCUUCAACUGGUCCGGUUCCGCCGAGGGUGAUUUCAACGAGGCGUCAAAGACUUCUUUCUGUUUCAACUCCAGUGAACUCUGCCUGCCAUGGAGGAAACCCUGAACAGCACCAUUGAUCCGGCAUGUUUACAGGAGCCCCCGCUGGCCAUGGACGUGAUAAAGCAGCUGGACGUGUUAGGAUUGUGCCUGUACUCCAUGCUCACGCUCAUGUCCUGCAUCUCCCUGCUGCUGUACCUCGAGCAGUGCGCCUAUUUAUAUAGGAACCUGCCCAACCCCAAGAAGACGACCCUCAUGUGGAUAAGUGGUGCAGCACCAGUUAUCUCCACCAUGGCUUGUUUUGGGAUGUGGAUCCCGAGGGCCGUCAUGUUCACUGACAUGACGUCUAACUGUUAUUUUGCAGUGGUGGUGUACAAGGUCGUGGUUCUGAUUGUCCAGGAGUUUGGGGGCACCGGUGCUUUCCUGAAGCGGUUCUCCGGUAAACCCUUCAAAGUUUCCACCGGGCCGUGCUGCUGCUGCUGCCUCUGUUUACCCCGCGUGCCCAUGUCACGGCGAUGGUUUUUCUUCCUGAAGUUGGGGGUUCUCCAGUAUGCAAUCCUGAAGACGGUGCUCUCCAUCCUCUGCAUAGUGCUGUGGACAAACGGCAACUUUGACCUCUCAGAUCUAGAGAUCACUGGUACAGCCAUUUGGAUUAACCCAUUCAUUGGCGUUCUCACCAUCAUCUCCCUUUGGCCUGUCGCCAUUAUCUUCAUGAACACCAACAGCUUCCUGCGUGACAUUAAAAUUGUACCCAAGUACGCCCUCUACCAGCUAAUACUUGUCCUGAGUCAGCUGCAGACAUCGAUCAUUAACAUCCUGGCCCUGGAUGGGACCAUCGCCUGCGCCCCCCCCUUCUCUUCUCAGGCUCGUGGCUCCAUGCUAAGUCAGCAGAUGAUGAUCAUGGAGAUGUUCAUCAUCACUCUGAUUAAUCAAUCUUUAUACCGUCGAACGUAUGACAAACUUCCCUCUGAUGUCGAUGACAACGAGAACAACGCUGAAGUCGCCCUGCAGGCUGCUCACGUGGAGCAUGACGUCUAAAAUAGAAGACAGGGAUGAAAGAGGGAAAGUCAUCCUGCAGAAGACCAAGAUUGUUACUUUCAGUCACAAUAGUGAGGGUUAUCCCGAAAAUAUAAGACAUUGGUUCUGGAAACAAAUGUUGGCUCUUGAAUUGUUUACAUUUUUUUCAAUGAUUUGAAUAUUAACAUUUUCAUUUAAUUUCAAAAAAGCAAAUAUCCAUAUUUUCCACAGUGAUAACAUUUCUUUUUCGUUUUAAUAUUUCUUUUGGAAGCAGUAGAGACAUUUCAGCUUGAAACUAUGAUGGAGGAGAGGAAGAGUGAAUGCAGAACAGCACGCUGUACAGUUUAUACACGCAUGUGUGGAAAAACAACAUUUCAAAAUUAACCCUGAAAACAGUUGAUAGAAACACCUGUUUAAUGUUUGUGUGUGUAUGUGUGUGAGAGUGUUUGAGAGAAAAAAAGGCUGUGGUCAUCCAAUAAAGGUUACUUUGACCAAG